AUGGAAGCAGUUGCAGAGAUAGUAAUCUGGGUGGCCAAAGGCGAAGUUCUAUUGGUCAAGGAAUGGCCAUCGGUAGGCUUUGUGGCUGAGAUCGACUUCUCGAUGAUUACCUUGUGGGUUACGGUAAAAGGCUUGCCCCUAUCCCAAUACACACAAGAAGAAGCUCGACGCAUUGGCAAAAGGCUUAGUAGUAAACCACUUAAGGAAAUAACCAUUGAUCCUUCCAGAAGACACUUCAUUGUCCGUGCCGAGAUUGAUAUUGGAAAACCCUUAAAUCCUGGCUAUUUCAUCCGCAAACAACGUAAGCCAAUCUUUGUUCUGUUUAAGUACAGAUAUGCUGGCAAAUUCUGCAAAUGGUGUGGUAAGGUUGACCAUACCAUGUGUGCGAAAUCCCCUGAAGAGAGGCCUCUAACUCGUAACAUCAAGAGGGCCAUGUAUGGUAGAUGGAUGUAUGAUGUGGAGUACGAACCAGCUGAUGAUGUGAAAUUGGAAAUUGAGUUCCCAGAGAAACUGGUGGAAGAUUGGUCAGAGUUGGAGGAGACAGUCCCCUACCCACAGUUCUUCAUAAACCUUGAAGUUUCUUAUGUUUGUGGAAGCGACCAUGAGUGGCGCGGAAAGAAACUGCUUCGAUAUCAUUUAGAGGACAUUAUUGAACACAGUUUCCGAUUUCCAACAUCCUAUCUCACAACCACACUAGAAUCCAACGAUGAUCCUUACCAAAUUUUGGCCCGUGAGAUGGACGAGAAUGUUCCACUGGUAGGUUUAACAUUUGAGGACAAGGUGGAGAUUGUUAGCAAGUUUGUAGAUUACACAAUGAAGAGCAAGGAGAUUUGGUCAAGGCGGAGAUGGGUUCAAGUCAAAGUUUGUGUGAUCAAAACAACCAAAAUGGUAUCAUGCGUUGAUUUUCAGACAAUGCUUCAAGAAAACAAAGAAAGGAAUAUCAUCGUGAGCUUGAGCAUGAGAUAA